AGCAUGCGUGUUUUUUGUUCGCCAUAAUUAUCUUUAAAUUAUGCCCUCAUCUUCACCCUCAUCCUUAGCAGAUGAAUUUCAGAGAAGCUGGCUAACUUCCUUAAUUGGAAUUGGAUUAUUAUGUCUAGGAAUCUGGCUUCUAACGUGGAAUGAGGGCAGAGCAGUUCACCAUGCCCAUUCUUUGGACGAAGCUUACAACCAUGUCAUUUCACUAAACCCAUAUGAAAGAAUACGCCCAGAAUUAGACGGCCAUUUAGUGCACAUUACUGGACCUUUACUAAUUGAGGAACCCUUAACUGAACCGGAGUAUGGUAUCUCCAUACAAGCAGUUAAGUUGAAAAGACGGGUGCAGAUGUAUCAAUGGGUUGAGGAGCGAUCACCCAGAGAUGAUAUGGAUAAUGAUCUGGACCACAGUUACAGUUCUUCAGAUUAUUAUUAUGUGACAGAAUGGAGAGAUAAACUCGUAGACAGUAGCGGCUUUUACAUAAGACAUGGUCAUCAGAAUCCCACGGAAAUCCCCUUAAGAUCGUACAUCUAUAUUUCACCAUUUGUUCGCGUGGGUCAUUUAAUGUUGGGAAAUCAUAUUAAAGAGAAAUUCACUGAUUAUGUAGAAGUCACAAGUGAUGAAAGACCAGAAAGAAGAGAUGUCAAGUUACAUAUGGGGAUAUAUUAUCAUUGUGAUGAUGUCUGGAAUCCAGAAGUUGGAGAUAUUCGGGUGCAGUUUUAUUAUGCAGGAUUGGCUAAUGAAGUUGUUACAGUAAUUGCAAUGCAAAAGGAAGGAAUACUGGUACCUUAUACUACAACAAAAGGACACAGAAUCGCCUUAUUACGUCAUGGCGAUUUAUCUAUUAAUCAGAUGUUCAAUGCUGAACAUUAUGACGUGAGACUUGAAACGUGGAAAUUAAGAGCUGCGGGAAUUUUUAUUUUAUACGCUUCUUCCAUUUGCCUCGCCAGGUUAAUAAAAAUUCUCUUUUUCAGGAUUCCAUUAUUAAGAAAUAUUGUGGUUGGAGAUAUGACUUCUUCAACAAAUUUUGCUAUAUCUAUUUCUGUGUCAUUACUUGUUAUAGCAAUUGCUUGGAUUUUAUACAGGCCAAUGUUAGGAGCAGGAUUAGUUGCUGCAGCCAUAAGUCCAUUUUUUUAUUGUACAAUUGGAAUGUACAAUAUUGCCCAAAACCAGAAUGGUUAUUACAAUAGAUGAAUGGCAUAUCUGCUCAUUAGCGUGUACUUAAUAAGAAUUUAAUUCUGCUCUAGUCCAAGUUAUAGAUGUUGAGACAGGUUAUUUUAGAGAUAGAGUUGUGUGCAACACAGACAAUAGUUGCUUAAUAACUAUAACUAGUCAAAGUUACGCAAUAAGUACGUAAUCUUUUUAUUUUUGUGAAAAAAUUCGCUAAUAAACUGUUUACACAGUAAACAAAAAGUGUA